AUGCCAUACGAAUCGGAUACUAUCUCUUUUCAACUUACACCAUAUUUUAAUGGAUCAUUAUAUGCAAUUCAUAUUUAUCUGUACGAUGCAUCGACAUAUAUGGAAUUUAGACAUCAUCAUGUUGACGAAUUUCCACAUAAUCUUAAACAGUUGUCUGAAGGAAAAAAUGUGUGGGUUGAAAUAAAUGGUACUAAUGCAGAUCUUAUUCGUGCUGUACUUGAGUAUUUCGAUGCACAUAUAUUUGUUAUUGAUGAUAUUCGAACGCUUGAACAACGAAUGAAAAUGUCUAUUAUAAAUGAAAAUAUUUAUCUUUUACUUAGUGUUAUCUAUUUAAAUGAAACAAAUCAUGUUGUUGACCAACAAAAAAUUAGUUUUUAUCUAACAGAAAAUACGCUUAUUACUAUACAAGAAUAUCGUGCACAUGCAUUAUUUUCAACAAUUAAAUAUCGUUUAAGAAAAAAAUCAAUAAAAUCAAAAGGUCGGCUUAAAACUAUGAAAAUAGAUUAUUUAUUUUAUUGCUUACUUAAUGUUGUCAUGGAAAAUUAUAUGAUUGUAUUAGAUUCAAUUUUACAUGAAACUGAACGUAUUGAUAAAGAAUUGAUGUUCUCAACAAAGAUAAAAACAGAUACACUUUGUGUUGAAACAUUAAGAUUACUAUUUCACAUAAAACAUGAUUUACUUCAUUUCAAAAUUGUAUGUGCCCCAUUAAAAGAUAUAUUUAUUAAACUACAAAAAACUCGAGAGACAGAAGUACCAAAACGACAACGACCAGCAUUACGUCAAUGUCGUCGUCGAUUAAAACGACGAUUACGACAAGCUGUUGGUCACCAUGCUUCACAUACUUCUCCUCCAAGAACUUCAAUCGGCGAUGAGGAUGAUGAAUACUUGUUAGAUGAUGGUGUAUUAGUACUCAAUGAUUAUAUUUAUAAAUAUUUUAAGCGUCUUCUUGAUCAUGCUGUUGAACUGAAUGAUACUAUUGAUUCCCAUGCAGAUAAUAUUACAUCAUUGAUUGAUUUUUACAUGAUUCUUAAUGGAGAUGUAUCGAAUAUGCACACAUCAAAUGGUAUUAUUGAAAUCUCACAAGUUCUAAAAUCAUUUCAAAAUUGA